AGCAUCAUCACUGGCCUCCUUUAGCGGAGCGAACAACAACCUGCGGUUUUAGUCCUUCUGAAGCGCCAGCCUCUUUCUUUCUCGGCACUCCGAUACUCGCAAGUUGUGGGGUCAUAUCUUCUCUAUUAGCUUGUCACUUAAUCCGCAUUGAAGCUACGUCACAAUGAGCACGAGUCUCCGGCCGUACCUUCAAUGCGUGCGAUCUUCGCUCUCUGCAGCGCUAGCCAUCUCCAACUUCGCCAGUCAAACUUCGGAAAGACACAAUGUGCCUGAGAUCGAGGCAGCAAGCUCUCCUGAGCUCUUGCUCAACCCAUUGGUCAUAUCUCGGAACUCUGACGAACGGACUUUCAUUGAACCUUCGGUCAACUCCGUGCGCGUGUCCCUCAAAGUCAAACAAGCCGAUGAAAUCGAACAUAUCCUAGUGCACAAGUUCGCGAGAUUCUUGACGCAGCGCGCAGAUGCGUUCCUGAUUCUCCGUAGAAAGCCGGUGGAAGGCUACGAUAUCUCCUUCCUGAUCACCAACUUUCAUACCGAGGCUAUGCUGAAGCACAAGAUUGUGGAUUUUGUGAUUGAAUUCAUGGAGGAGGUGGACAAGGAGAUUUCGGAGAUGAAGCUCUUCUUGAACGCCCGUGCUCGAUUCGUGGCUGAGUCGUUCUUGACCCCAUUCGACUAAAUAUAUGCUUCGAUGCCACUUUUUUUACUCUAAAUAAAUCAGGUUUCCUUUCCCAGGAGCAAUCAUUGUACAGGCGAUCUGGGCUGGCGCUGGGAAAUCGCUGUGUUUGUUCUAAGCUUGUUCCUUUUACAAAUCUUCAGAUGUCAUUCCAUCCUGACUUGUGCACAUGUCUCAUAUAUACAGAUCUCCAGCUAUUCCAGUAUACUUUGUCUCACAGAUGUAGAAACAAG